GAUCUGACGUAGAGUAUGGAGUUAUGGGGACUUAGACUGCAUUGAUUCUGAGAAAUGAGGAAGCAGCAGCAGCAUUAAAAUUUGGAAAUGAGACGCUAAGGUGCUGAGCAACAAACAUGAACGAAGGUAUCAGGAGAGGAAUGGCCAGAAGCCUAGGAGGAUUUCUGGCGCUAUUUUUGGCUCUUUCAAUCUGUCAAGCUGCGACAAAUUUCGAGCCGAUCUCUGACUCUCAUCGAUCCGCUGCUUUAGAACUCUUCACUCCCAUUGAUGGAUCAUUUUCUAGCUUAGAAGAUGCUUACGAGGCCUUGAGAGUUUUUGAGAUUCUUGCCAUUGAAAAGAAGCCAGAUGUCAGCACAACUACUUGUCAGAAAGUACUGGGAAAUUUUGGGUCAUCCUCUCCUCUGAAGGAUUUGUUCUAUGCAUUAAAAGUUAAUAGCUUACUAAAAUGUGGGGUCAAUGAGGAGGUUUUCAAGGACAUUGCUUCGCGAGUUAAAGCCACAAUCAAUGAUGCAAGUACUUUGCUCGACUUAUACUACUCAAUUGGAAAUUUGAUUCUUAUCAAGGAUCAUGCUCCUAAUGCUGAUGUCCUUUUGGCUGAUGCUGAUGGAACUUUCCGGUCUAUCAAGGCUUUGAGCCUAAGUGAUGGAAGAUGGCGUUACAGCUCUACUAAUCCAGAGCCUAGUACAUAUGCUGCUGGGUUAGCACUUGAAGCACUUGCUGGAGUGGUCUCAUUGGCAUCUUCAGAUAUUGAUCACUCUAGGAUCAAUGCAGUGAAAAAUGAUAUAUUGAAGCUAUUUGACAGGAUUGAAUAUUAUGAUGAUGGAACCUUCUAUUUCGAUGAGAAAAUAGUUGGUAUUGGUGAACAAUUGGAUUCCCUUUCCACUACUGCUUCAGUUGUCCGAGGGCUUACAGCAUUUGCGGCUGCAAUUCCUGGAAAAAUAAAUCUUCCAGAGGAUAAAAUUUUGGGUUUAGCAAAGUUCUUCCUGGGUAUAGGAAUCCCAGCAGAUGCAAAGGUUUUCUUCAAUCAAGCAGAGUCCUUAGCUUUUCUAGAGAGCAAUAGGGUUUCCAUCCCAUUAAUAUUGUCACUUCCCACAACAGUUUACUCGUUGACCCAGAAAGAGCAGCUUAAGGUUAGGGUGAAGACAGUGCUUGGUGGUGCUGGUCCGCCUCUAACAGUCAAGCUUGUCCGAGCUUCCAGCUCUGGAUCUAAAGGUGCAGCUGUUUUUAAGAGUAAGGAGCUCCAGUAUGAUCCAACAAGUGGACUUCAUGUCUUGGACAUCUUCUCAGAGAAUGUGGAUGUGGGAACUUAUGGGUUUGUUUUUGAGAUGGUCCUUGAAGAUUUGGAUAGAAGAAGUGAUUAUGCUACUGGGGGCCAAACUCAUGUGCCAAUAUACAUCACCGGAGUUAUUAAAAUUGCCAAUGCUGAAAUUGCAGUAUUGGACAGUGAUCUUGGAAGCAUUGAAACCCAAAAAACGCUAGAUUUAACUGGAAAUGGUGUAGUUUCACUAUCAGCUAACCACCUGGCCAAGUUGCGUUUGUCUUUUCAGUUGAUGACAUCCCAUGGUCAUGCUUUUAAGCCUCAACAGGCAUUUCUCAAGUUGAGACAUGAGACAAAUGUUGAGCACAUAUUUGUGGUUGGAAGUACUGGGGAGAAGUUUGAAAUUGUUCUAGACUUUCUUGGUUUGGUGGAGAAAUUGUAUUAUCUCUCAGGCAGAUAUGACAUUGAGCUGACAAUUGGAGAUGCUGUAAUGGAAAACUCUUUCCUGCGAUUUCUUGGCCAUAUUGAAUUGGAUCUUCCAGUAGUUCCUGAGAAGGCAGCCCGUCCUCCUCCACCACCAGUUGAUCCUUACUCAAGAUAUGGGCCCAAAGCAGAGAUAACUCACUUAUUUAGGGCUCCUGAAAAGCGACCACCUCAAAAUGUGUCUCUCACUUUCUUGAGUUUGACCCUUCUUCCCUUUGUUGGCUUUUUGAUUGGGUUACUACGCUUAGGAGUGAACCUAAAGAAUUUCCCUUCAGCAACAGUACCUGCCACAUACGCCGCCCUCUUCCAUGCUGGCAUUGCUGCGGUUCUGUUACUUUACUUACUUUUCUGGUUAAAGGAACCACGAGCCGUGGAUAAACACCUUCUCAACGACAAAGAAGAUGGUUCCUAA